UGCAACAUUACUUUAAUAUUUACAUGAUGAUAAAAGUGAUCGCGUAGUCAUGCAACUCUCUCCCUAAAUCCAAUGUUAAACCGCGUACUCUUCCAAUUGCAACAUACCCUCUUCACCAGUUUUACCUUUAUCUCUAUACUUUCUUAAUUAAUUAAAUACGACAAAGUUUGUUGGUUGAGCUCUCAUUUGAGCUUUUGACAGCUAAAUUUCUUUAUACCAUUCAAUUCAAUACAACUACCUACAGCUUGCUAUUACUAGUACUAUAUCACAAACUGACCUUUCUAUCCUUUUCCCUUCUUAGCAACUUGCUUCAAAUCACACGUUCUUCAUUUACUACUACUAUAUAUACACCAACUCUUCAAUCUUCACAACAUAUCUAUCCAACUUUACCACUUACUAUUUUAUUUAUUCACAACAUCAUGGCUUGCAACAAAUUACUACUGCUGCUUAUUCCUCUCCUUUUCAUUCAUGUUGCUGCUAACUUCAACCAAGAUUUUCAAAUUACAUGGGGAGAUGGUCGUGCCAAAAUACUCAACAACGCCAAUCUUCUAACUCUCUCCCUCGACAAAGCCUCCGGCUCUGGCUUUCAAUCCAAAAAUGAAUAUUUAUUUGGCAAAAUUGAUAUGCAGCUUAAACUUGUUCCAGGAAACUCUGCUGGCACUGUCACGGCCUAUUAUCUAUCAUCAAAAGGAGGUGCAUGGGAUGAGAUAGACUUUGAAUUCUUGGGAAAUUUGAGUGGUGAUCCUUACAUAGUUCACACCAAUGUGUUUAGCCAAGGAAAAGGCAAUAGAGAGCAACAAUUUCAUCUAUGGUUUGACCCAACCGCAGAUUUUCACAUGUAUUCGAUUCUAUGGAAUCCACAACGUAUUGUGUUUUCUGUGGACGGGACACCAAUAAGGGAGUUCAAGAAUUUGGAAAGAAUAGGAGUUCCAUUUCCUAAGAAUCAAGCAAUGAGGAUAUACUCAAGCCUUUGGAAUGCUGAUGAUUGGGCAACAAGAGGUGGACUUAUAAAAACAGAUUGGUCCAAAGCUCCAUUCAGUGCUUCAUACAGAAACUUCAAUGCAAAUAAUGCUUGUAUAUGGAGCAGUGGAAAAUCAUCAUGCAAAUCUUCUUCUCCUCCAUCUGCUGCAUCAUGGCUAUCACAAGAGCUUGACUCAACUGGUUUGCAGAGGAUGAGAUGGGUGCAGAAGAACUAUAUGAUUUACAAUUAUUGCACAGAUAAAAAGAGAUUUCCACAAGGCCUUCCAGUUGAAUGCACUCACUCCUAGUCCUAUUCUCUAGGACACUCUCUGCCUCAUUUAUCAUUCUCUUAUGUAGUAUAUCAUCUUUCUUUUUUUUAUGCCUAUAUUUGUUUCUAAUUCUAUUUAUUUAUUUAGUUACCAUGUAAAAUAUCAUAUCAAGUCGUAGCUAGAUAACCUUUUGUAACUUAGAUGAAUAUCAUAUUACGAUAGCAACUUAUUCCAUUAA